GCCUUUCGGGGUCAUUGAAUUAUUAGUUUGCACUUUUUUCUUGAAUUGAUUUUGUUCUCGAAUGAUCUCCUUUAUUUUGCAUGUUAUAGGGGUUUAUCGAGGCCGUAACAGGCCAGUCCUGAGUCAAUGGUGAAAAUGUGUCUAGCAUCUUGUGCUUAUGUUAAAAUUAUAUGUUAUGACAAUCUGUUGUAGAUAGUAAGCUGUCGUUAGAAACGUAAACUCAGUUCGUGAUUUAACUUAAACAGGCACAACGAAUUCAGCAAGUUUUAAAAGCGGUCAGCUCACACGUAACAACUGUUGCAGCAAUUUCGGUUAUGGCACAAGAACAAGUCGCCCGCCGAACACUGACCGAAGUAUGGGCAAACCUUGAGCGCGCAAAGUUGUCGCGUUCAGAUAUGCAGCCAUUAGCCCAAACAGUUUUCUUUCAUUCAGCAAACAAUGAUGACCUAUUGUUGCUGGAAGUAGAUUCCCACAUUUUGGAAGAGGCAAAAAAACUCGGUGUCAUUAUUCGAGGCGAUUUAGAAGAUGAACUUGUUCUAUGUACCGGCUCAAGGACGUAUUCGGUGCGUGAGGCAGAAAUAUCCAACUCGCUUUUGGUCGUGCCCAAUCUCCGCCUGGCCGCCAAGGGGCAGCCACUGACGGCAGCAAUGUCAAAAGCGGGUGAUGGGCUUGACACUCGUGAAGUUCUCAAAACCUUCCACCACUACUGGGAACCAAGGCAGAUUCGGCCUUCUUCCAGAAAACUGCACAGUUUAUUGACAGAAUCGGAGUACCGCGGUAUUGAACUGGAAGGCGACAUACCGCAAUCGUCCCUGUUCUCCUUGCCAAAACUCCUCAAUCACGUUCAGGCUUCAGAAAGCGAAAUUAAAGAAAUGCUUGGAGCGCUACCAGUUGCUGAGGUGGACGGCUGUGUCCGUCUACUUGGAUUCGAGUACCAUUUUCGAGUGCUGGAGUUCAUGCUUACUUCGAUCGAAUCGAACUCUAUGCCGCUGGAUAAAAUCGACACCAAUGUCGUUAUUGAAGAGGUGUCAGAAUUGGAACCUCAUGAAAUUGUCAAGGCCGUCGUAUCAUGGUAUGUGAAGAAUCAGGUUCUACUCAAGGCGAAGGUCAGCCGCACUCAGGGUGAGGCACUACUCCGAAGUGGUGAAAGCUUCAACCUCGAGCAGUUCAUCACGACGUGGCAACAAAGUCUUCCGGAAGGUCUUACAACUGAUGUGGCUUAUCUUUACGGCAUCUCGUACGUGGACGAAGAUCGUCAGCGACCCAUAAUAAACUAUCUGUCAACAUGGGAUCUACCCGAGGUCGAGAGCGCCCGUUUCGAUACGUUACUUCGAAUGAAAACUUCUUGGCGAUUCGAAGAAAUCGAACCGUACAUCUGCGAUCUAUCCUUGAAAAAUGUGAACUCUUUGUUAUUGAAGUACGCUAGAUCUUUCCAAAAAAAUGGUCACAUUUUCUAUUCGAAAAAGUGAUUGGUAGAGUCGAAUGAGCUUUUCAAGUCUUGUGGUUGGCAAAGAAAGGAAGGUGUAAUUGCCUAUAGAUAAAGCGAUUGUAGAAAACAAAUAUGAAAUCCUUUGCUAAAUGUUUUUCUAAAUAAAUAUAGUAGUGUUUAUUUAAACUGUAAAAAGACAACAAUCUUAAGGCAGAGUAAAAUCAUUGUGUGCA